ACCAGGGAGCGAGAGUUUUUUUUCGUCUCCAUUUUUUACAAGAUACCAUGCGAUGAGUGAUUCAGAAGAAGCAUCUACGAGCCUUGCGGUGUCCGUGCCGGUCGGCGGUGGGUACGAUAGUGAGGCACGCACGCCACAGGAGGAAAGCAACGGUGAUACGGGAAGGAGAAGAGGCCGGAAGCGCUCCUCGGAGCAAUUGCAGGGGGAGGCCUUAUUAAGCGCGGCCUCUCAUAAUGAUGCCGCAACGAUUCGAGAUCUUGUACAGGGAGGAGUCUCGGUUGAUUGGGCAGAUGCCCUAGGCGGCGGUGGACAGACGGCGCUCCAUUUGGCGGCGAUCGCCGGACAUGUUGAUGCGGUACGAUGCUUGAUUGAUUUGGGUGCCUCCGUCAACAAGGUCAACGACAUCAGCUCUGCAACACCGUUACAUUUGGCAGCUAUGGGCAGGGGUACGCGUGAACGCAAACUUCAAGUCAUUUCUGCGCUAGUCGCCGCUGGCGCGGACUGUUUCAUAGAAGACCGCUACCAGAGUCAACCGUGGCACUACGCGCACGACGAAGCCAUGCGGCUAGCAAUGAAAGGGCCCGACUUUAAGCUCCACAAGGCAAUUUUGAACCGUGACGAGCCGGCCUUGAGACAAUUGUUACAAACUCUCGAUUCCUCCGAGCAACUGAACGCGGUGGGUCCUGACGGGAAUACCCCCCUGCACGUGGCCGCUUCCAUUGCCUGUCCCAUAGCCGUGGCAGCUUUGCUUAAAGCAGGAGCCAAUCCGAACGAGCGAAAUGAGCACGGGACCAUGGCCUUGCACACGGCAGCCAAUGUGUUGAGCGAGGAAAUCGCCGAUCUGCUCCUGCAGGCUGGGGCGGCGAUCGAUGGAAAGAGCUUUCUGGUCGACGAAUACAGCUCAAAAGGUCAAAACUGGGUGGAGUCUCCGGAUCCGUCCUCGCGUGGAGCCUUGUCCUCUCCUGCCUUUGGCAUGGACAGGGACGUGGGGGACGGCGGCGCCGAGGGAAAGCCUUCUCCGCGGAGUCGGAAAGAGUACAAGAGCGUGACGGCCGCUGAGCAUGAGACUGCCUUGCACGUAGCCGUUCGGAAAGGAGGAGUGCCCAUGGCCAAAUUCCUGAUGGCCCGAGGCGCGGCCCCCGACCUGACGGAUCGGGCGGGCAAGACGCCGUUGCACGUGGCGUUGGAAUGCCUGCUGGACGCGAGUCGGAUCGGGAACGGGGCAGAGACCCAAGGUUGCAUGGAGAUGGUCCGGUUGCUGUUGGAAAAUGGCGCCUGUCCUCGUCGAGGCAACCCGCUAUGGGGUAGGCAGCGCACCACCCUGCAUUGGGCAGCACAGUGCGGACACGUUGACGCCCUGGAAGUGCUGGUGGGGUACACCUUUGGCCUGAACAGGCAACGGCUGUUGGACGCGCAAGACGAUAAAGGAAUGACAGCUGUCAUGUGUGCGGCCCAGGAAGGGAAGGUCGGCUGCCUCGAGGCUUUGCUUCGGAAUGGGGCAGACGCCUCAAUCCGAAAUGCGGAGGGGUUGACGGCUAGAGAUAUAGCAGCUGCAGGGGGCAUGGCGGCGGCCUUGUGUAUCAUUGAUACGUUUGCCACGUUUGCCUCAGUGGCGUGAGGGAAAAGGGAGAACAGGAAACAGCCAGGUCGGGUUGAAAUGAAGCACAAAGUAUAGAGUAAAGGCAUUCAGUCACAAAAGAAAAGGUAUGUGCCGGGCCCUAUCUCUUUUUGAAGUCCGCAUGGUGUGAUAAAAAAAGAUACAACACAAGGGGUGAGAGGAGACUCUAUCCCUAAAGCAGACAUGAGAAUGGCAAGCGUAGAAGAGAAAAGCAAAGGGGGAAAAGCUAACAUGCUAAGGGCAUGUCCUUCAAGGCAGACAAGACACUGGUAAACGGUUGCUUGCGUCAGAGCCUGUCAAAUAGAAUCUGGCAAAUACAGCAUUUUUGCUCCGUCUUACGGGCAAAUUUAAAGAAAUGACGGCAUCCUUUAUGUUACGGAGGUACAUUCAUGUCACACACAUUGGGUUGGUAACUUGGCAUACUCGAAG